CCGCCAUGUCCCGGCUGCUGCCGCUGCUGAGGAGCCGGACCGCGCGCAGCCUGAGGCCGGGCCCGGCCGCCGCCGCCGCCGCCGCCGCGCCCCGCCUGCCGUCCUGGUGCUGCUGCGGGCGGGGGCUGCUGGCGCUCGCGGCCCCGGGCGGCCCCCGGGAGCUGGGCACCCACCCCAAGAAGGAGCCCAUGGAGGCGCUGAACACGGCGCAGGGCGCGCGCGACUUCAUCUACAGCCUGCACUCCAGCGAGAGGAGCUGCCUGCUCAAGGAGCUGCACCGCUUCGAGUCCAUUGCCAUCGCCCAAGAAAAAUUGGAAGCUCUACCACCCACCCCAGGACAGCUGAGAUAUGUAUUCAUCCACAAUGCGAUACCUUUCAUAGGGUUUGGCUUUUUGGAUAAUGCAAUUAUGAUUGUUGCAGGAACCCAUAUUGAGUUAUCUAUUGGAAUUAUUUUGGGAAUUUCAACUAUGGCAGCUGCUGCUUUGGGAAACCUUGUGUCAGAUCUAGCUGGUCUUGGACUUGCAGGCUACGUUGAAGCUUUGGCUUCCAGGUUAGGCCUGUCAAUUCCUGAUCUUACACCAAAGCAAGUUGACAUGUGGCAAACACGUGUUAGUACACAUUUGGGCAAAGCUGUUGGGGUGACUAUUGGCUGCAUUCUAGGAAUGUUUCCUUUGAUUUUCUUUGGAGGAGGUGAAGAUGAUGAAAAACUGGAAAAGAAAAAUUAACUUGCUUAGGAUACCUAUAAAAAGAUGUAAACUAAUGUACCUCAGUUAUUAAAUAUGCUGUCACAACAUUUAGGAAUUAAGACAGUAACAGUGUAUAGAUACGGGAUCAAAUAAUUCAGCAUGUAUUAUGGAAAACACUAACUUAUUGUGAUUUGGUUUUCUUAGGACAUCUUUUUUAAAAAACUUUUGUGUAAAUUGUUGAAAUGCUUUUUCAUCAAUGGCAGUCAACAUUUAACCUUUUCUUUUUCUUUCUUUAUAUACCAAAAUAUCAUUUAAGUAUCAGUCAUUGAUGUGCUGUACUGACUUGGGGUUUGCCUAUUUGUUACUUACCAUGUGUACGUGCAUGAAAGCAUUUUCUGUUGUUGUUAUUCCCUGCAGUUACAAUUCAACCUUAAGAUUUUUUCCAAAUUACUUAAAAUGUUUAAUAUCAGUUAAAGGUGUUUUUUUUUACUCUUUUUGGCAACAUCAAUUUUGUAUUGUUUCACAGUAAACAUUUACAAUCAUAUAAUUUCAGUCAUUUGAAAAAAACUCUCACAUCUAUUCAGAUUGGACAGAGACUUUAAGUAUUUUAAGUACCUAUCACUCAUUUUAAUUUUCAGACCUUAUUUUCUCAACAGCCAGAGAUUAAUCAAGAUGAACAAUUAUGUGGUCUCCCUACUACAUAAAAUCACAUAUGUUAACAAGUGUAUUAUUUUGAGGUUUUUUUUACUUUUAAUUUCUCUAUUUUGAAUAAUUACAUAGUGAUUUCUGACUUCUAAGGGAAAGAAAGUUGUUAUUUUAGAGUAUUUUGAAUGGGGAUUGUGGGAUUAAGGUGAACUAAGGAGUUUGACAUGACACUUGGAAAAUUAAGAGGCUAAAAAAUUUUUUUCACAGAAGUAUAAAAUGGAAACUGUCAAGAAGGUUCAUGGUAUAAGUGGUGAAGUUGAGGUGCUAUUGUAAGGUUAAUGAGAUACAAAUAAUAUUGUUGGGAAGGCUUCUCUCCCUGCCCCACGCCCCAGUGUUUUCUUCUCAUCUGAAUUGAAUGAGUUUGAAUACACAUAAUCCUGAUAUUGUUUUAUCUUCUUUAGCAAAUUUUAUUUCUGGAUAACUUCUUUUGAGGUGAAAAACAAAUAUUCUAUAUUUUGCUUUUUGCUAUAUAUAGCCUAGUUGUCAAAACAUAUAUAAGGAGAAACUCUCCCUUUUUUGGUCCCUUUCUUUUUUUGUGGUGUUUAAAUCAUAUUCUUGAUUGAAGUUCCUUAUGUCCAGUCUUAUUAUCUGCCUUAGACAUAGAUAGGAUUCAUAUCUAUACUUGUGAAUCAUAAAUUUUAAUUUUAUGAACCCUUAAAAUUUGUUAACAUGUGGUCUGUUACACAUGCUAAAAAAUUACUCUCAAUUGUAAGAGUAGUUGAACACAUCACGGAGGAGAAAAACAGAAAUUAAAAUUACUGUUUGGGCCACUGAAAUUAUUUAUUUUGCUAAAUAGAUACAAAAAAAGGGAAACUUAAAGAUGGCUCUAUUUACAGCUACCUUAUUUUAAAGUUUUAUUUGCAUGUAUUUACUUUGAACUCUUAUUUUCAGAGGAACUAUUUUUUUCUCACGAAGCAAUUUGUCAUAAAUUCCCUUCUGUGUACUUCAAAAUGAUUUUAGUGCCAUCAUAAAUCAUAGAUUUUUGAGGGAAAAAAUAAAUCAUACAGUAUAAAAAUAAAUAUAUAACAUUCUUAUUAUGUACAAAUAAUAUGACAGUCUCAUUUGAUCAAAUUAGAAUGAUAAAACUUGACAUCUUAAAUAGAAUUGUGGUUUGUAUCUGCCACAUAAUAUCACAGACACACCAAAAUUUUUUUAAUAUUUCAGGUGAUAGGAUUAGAGUGAUUAUUUAAAAUAAAAAAAUUUUUUUUGGUAACUGUUUAAGUGCUUUUGUCCCUAACCAUAUUGCCAGUCCUUUCUGUUCUCUAAAAAUGUAUUUUAUUGUGGUGCUUAAAUUUUCCUUUUAUUAAUUAAAUCUCGUAUCCAGAAACCUUGCCUGUGAGUUUAGAAAGGGCUUUUGAUUAGUGCUUUUGUGUUUUUUGCUCAUGAAAAUAACCCAAUCCUACAGAAUCUUUCUAGCUGAACAUCUGUAGAAUUAUUUAAGAUGUCAAAUAUGGAAUAUAUAACCUUCAUAUUGAAAAGUGUUUUAGUUUAUGGACACAAUAAAAAUUUGCAUCAUUUAGGUAAUUAGUUUAAAAAAAAAUGGAGCCCCUUUGUCCUUAACCUAAGGUACACAUUUUUUUUCAAGCUCUUAUUCUCUACUAGUAUGGUGCUUUGCAAAAAGUGACUUCUGAAAAUUGGUUCUCUUUAAGAUAAUGACUUCAUAUAAUCAUUGUUUCAUACUACUUGUCACAAGGAACGUUAUUUCAGACUGAAACUGGAAUUCUUAUUUCUCAUAUUAGCUGUUUCUUUCUUGGGAGCAACUAUAACUGUGGUUAAAUGCAACAUGAGCUGCGUCAGUACUGUUUGUUUGAAAUUCAUGUUGUCCGUGUAUUAUGACUUAUUGACUUGUUUAUGCAUGUAAAUUGGGUACAUUUUGUUGCCACUGUAUGUUAAAUGGUGACCAAUGUUUUUACAAAGGAAUUGAACAAAGAAAAAUACCUUUUAAGAAAUUUUGGAAUGUGGUUUUGAUUUUGAAAUUUGAUUUUCUUCCUAAUCUCAGAAAACCCUGGUUAUUCUUAGCUUAAAAGAAAUAGGAUUAACAAAUGCAGAUUUGUUACAGGUUUGUAGCAAUGUCACUGAGACAGUAAAAUGGAACUAUUUACCAUUUCCCUGAAGUCCACCGUUGAGAUACAACAUUACAGAUUAUGAGAGAAGGAUGAUCCCAUUGUGAGAUAAUUUGAUAUUUAAUAGGAUGUCAAAAAAACUUUAGAUGGAGAGAUUGGCAUAAGUUACACUGAUGGGAAUUUAUUUACAGCAGAGAGAUCCUAGCCUUCUAUAUAAUAACGCCUCAUUUACUUUACUUCUUUUCUCCAGAAGAUGAACUUUGAAGGUAAUGAAAGUUUAUCUCUUACACCAAAAGUUUGUGUAAACUAUUUUGAAGUAAAUCUUCCUAGUUUUAGAAUUAUAUUUUCUUGCCAUCUUAAGAGUGUAUUAAAUGUAAUAUAAUGUGAUCUUUUUCUUAGUGGCCAAGCAUCAUCUUUAUGGACAUUAUUAUUGUGCUGUAAUGCAGUACCUUUGGAACCUUGGUUUUUAUAGUCUUUCAUUUUCCUCCUGUUGUUUUGCUGCCUUCACUUCUGGCAGUUGCUCUCUCUCUCUCUCUCUCUCUCUGUAAUUUGCUGCUUCUUAGUCGUGUGGACUUAGAAACUAGAUAGUCAGUGUUACCAUAAAUUAUUUGGGAAAUAUUAGAAAACAGGCUGUGGCGCCUGGGCGAGAUGAGGAUGAUGUGAUGGGAUGAUGAUAAGUGUAAUGUUAGCCCCCCUUAUUAAGCGCGUAUUUGUCGCUGUGUGCUGCGGUGUUUUACACACGUUGUUGCGUGUAAUCGCUGUAAUAACAAUGUGAAGUUGGUGCUGUUAUUAUCCCUAUUUCAUAUCAGGUGAAGUGAGACGUGGAAAGUUUAGUUUGCCCAGGGGGUCACUAUUCAUAAGUGGACUAGAGCCUGGUUUUGUCCAAGUGCGAAGGUCUGUGUUCUUAACUGCUUAACUACGCAGCUGGGACAGCAGUUUCCUGGACUCUGUAAUGUCUGUUCUCUGCUCAGGUUCCUUUCUGCCUCUGUAUUUAUGGAGUUAUUUUCUCACGUAUAACUUGAGGGAAUUGUACUUAAAAUCUCCAAGUCCAUUUAACAAAUCCUGUGUUUUUGGUUGCAUAGUAUGUGCUAGGAACUGUUCAAGGCUCUGAAUGAACAGCCAGAACAUCCGUGUAAUCGUGCAGCUUAUUCUUUAGGGGGCGUGAGUUGGGGAGGAGAAUAUAGGAAAGCAAAUAUACACUUAAAUAAGUGGUGAUAAGUUCUACAGAGAUAAAUGAAACAAGGGGAUAGAAAGUACCAGUGGUUGUUUGUGGAGGUUAUUUUUAUACAGGUUGGUCGGGGAAGACCUGAAGCAACUGAGAACAUAAACAACACAGAUAUCUGGGAAGAGAAGGCAUCAUGUUACGUUCUAGAAAGUUGGUGUUAAGAAAAUCUCCACCAUGUGAAAUGUAUUUCAGUUUGGAAUGCAUUGUAAGAUUUUUUUUUCUAUUGAAAUAUAGUUGAUUUACAAUGUUGUGUUAGUUUCAGGUGUGCAGCACAGUGAUUCAGUUUUAUAUACAUUUUUUUUCAGGUUCUUUUCCCUUAUAGCUUAUUAUAAAAUACUGAGGAUAAUUCCCUGUGCUGUACAGUAGGUGUUUGUUGGUUAUCUAUUUUAUAUAUAGUGGUGUGUGUAUGUCAAUCCCAAACUCCUAAUUUAUCCCUCCCUGCCCAUUUCCACUUUGAUAACAUUAAGUUUGUUUUCUAUGUCUGUGGGUCUAUUUGUUUUGCAUAUUUGUAUCUUUUUUUUUUUUUCCCUAGAUUCCAAAUAUAAGCCAUAUCAUGGUAUUUGUCUUUCUCUUCUCUGGCUGACUUCACUCAAUAUGGUAAUAUCCAGGUCCAUCCAUGUUGCUGCAGAUGGCAUCAUUUCAUCCUUUUUUAUGGCUGAGUAAUAUUCCAUUGUAUAUAUGUACCACAUCCUCUUUAUCCAUUCAUCUGUUGAUGGACCAUUAGGUUGCUUCCAUGUGCUGGCUACUGUACAUAGUGCUGCAGUGAACAUUGGAGGCAUGUGUCUUUUUGAAUUACAGUUUUCUCUGGAUACAUGCCCAGGAGUGGGAUUGGCAUGUAAGAAGUUUUCUUGUUUGUUUUGCAUUAUUCGUGUUUUCCGAAUUAAGCCUAAAUAUUAAUAUUUAAAUAUUAAGAUUAAUACUCCCUGCAUAUUUACUGACAGUAGUAAAGGGAAAUGACUCAGAAGCACAGGGAAGCUACCCUGGAAUUCAUAAAGUCAGUGGAUGACCAACCUGUCAGCAAACAAUUUAGGGUUUGUUGUGUGCUCAUAAUGCAACCUUACUAACAGAUCACUUGUUUUUACCAAAGUAAUAAAUGUUAUUGACAUGAGUUGUAACACUGAAAUUAGUUUUUCUCCUCUAACCUUUAGAAAUGAAGUAGUAAUUAAAGCAGGAACUUGUAACAUUUUAAUUUUGAAGCUUCAGAACUUUCAGGAUCUAUUGCUCUUAUGCUGAGAGCCAUAUGAAGCGCAUGGUGUUUUGUAUUGGUAUUUAUAUGAAAUUUUAUAACAUCAUACAUAGGUUAAUGCUAUUGAUAAAUUUAUGAGUGAAAGGAAUUUCAGCAAAUUUUUUAUUGACUUUUGAAGAUUAAAAAGAUGGAGUAGGCAUAUGGUAGAUUGUAUAAUUUCUCUAAAAGUCAAACCUUUUGUUUAAGUGAUAAAAUGCGAGAAUGAUGACUGAAGAGUUAAACUCAAAGGAACUACUUUUUGGGGGAGGUGAAGGGAACCCUCAGAAACUGUAGGACAAAGGAAGUUUUCUGCAAGAAGUGUGAAAUUCAGUAAAGAUUUGGUAUCUGCUAAUAAUAUGAAGGGUAUACAUUGAUAUAGUGCUUUACCAUUUAUAAAAUAUUAAUGCAGAUACAAGAUAUAAGUGGAGUUUAAGAGAGGUAGUUGAGUCAAAGAAAACUGUCAGACAUCUUCAUUAGAAUAAAGAUUUUUCUUUCUUGCAUGUCAGCCUCCCCACUCCCACAAUUCUUGCUGUGCAGUAUUGAUUCUGCAGUGUGUCUGUAUCUGUCUCCUUCCUGUCUCAGAUGUAUGUUUUCUCUUCCUUAUUUUCUCUUCUUUUCCUCAGCCUCAGACUGAUGGAAAUGGAAAACGCAGUUUUUAGAAUGUGUUUUAUGUCCCACACUGUUACUUUAAAAGCAUAUAAAUCAAACAUUACUAUUUCCCACUCCUACUUGGGAGGACUAGAACAAAUCUUAGUUAAUUUAGUUCAUUCUCUAAUUGUUAAUGGCUUUGACUGUUCUUUCUUCCAUACUGACUCAGGUAAGGAGCGCACAUUUCACAAGAGGAAAAAGAUCUGACUAAUUGUGCUUUAAAUGUCAGUGCCCCAAAGGAUGGGAUCUCAUCUGUCUCGCUUACAUCUCUGUCCUUAAUGCUCCAUACAGUGCCUGACACACCGUAGAUGUACAAUAGAGAUUUGUUUAAUGAGUGAAAUCAUUGCUACCCACAUGACUAUGCUCUUCCCUCUAGGUAGUUGAUUCUGCUUUGACUUCCAACCCAUUCUGUAUCAGUACUGUAUAAAAACGGUAUCACUUCUUACAUCGCAUUCUGUUGUCACUCCUGAAUUUAACACAUUUUGUAGUAGAUUGGUUUGUGGUUCAUCUUCUAACCAUGAACUCCAUAAAAAAAUCAGGAGUCUUCAGACCACACUUCUAUACUUUGAGAACCACUGCCCUGAACUUUUCUAGUUAGUUUAGAUUAGGUUUAGCUGUAAGUAACAAACCCCAAAAUAACAGCUGAAAUGAGAUGGAAAUUUAUUUCUCUUACAUUUUGCCAUGUUUCCCAGGGCAAGUAUAUAAGGGUUAUGCUCCACAAAGUAAUCAGAGACCCAGGUUCACAUCUUCCUGCUUCAUCAUGAGUAGCUUUUGUUCUCAAAGUCACUUCAUGAUCUAAAGUGGCUGCUUCAGCCCCAGCUAUCAUAUCCAUACUCUACCCAAGAGGAAGGAAGUAAAAAGAAAGGUAAAGGGCUUAACCAACUUUUAAGUUACCACAUGACUCAUCUAUUUACGUAUCAAACCUCUAUUACACGAACAUACUAAGCUGAAAGAGGUACUUGUAAAUCUCUCCAUUCUGUAUGGCCAAGUGUAUAGCCAAAAAUUGGAAGAAGGGAAGGGCAUCUUGGAAGACAUCCAUCCACAAGGGAUUGGGCUCAAGUUUCCAUGCAAUGAUUGCACUCAAUUCUGGGAUGUGCCAUUUUCUCUAUAGUAUCUUAAACUGAUUCUCUGGUAUCAGAUAACCUAUAAGUGAAAAAAUUAUCUGCCCUUAUACACCCAGUAUGCAGUAACAGUUUUCUUUUCAGAAAGGGAAAGAAUGAGCAACACAACUCUCAUUAGUUGCUAUAAAUGAUUAAAUCCACCACCACAUCCCCCAGCUUAUUUAUUUGAAGGCAGUGGAAACCCAUCAUAUCCUAGUUGCUUAGAGGCUCCCCGGUACCUUCAAGCAGAUUUUUAAAAAUGGCUCUUCUAGUUGGUCUCUAUGUGAGCACUGAUCUGUUGCAAGUACUACAUCAGUGAUUCUCAAGCUGGGAAUGAUUUUGCCCCCUCCCCAGGGAAGAUGUGGGAACAUCUGGAGACAUUUCUGGCUGUCAUAACUGAGGAGUGGAUGGGCGUGUUACUGGCAUUUAGGGGGUGUGAUGCCAAGGAUGCUGCUAAAUAUCUACAGUGCACAGCGCAGUCCCCUGAAUAAGAAAUUAUCUGGCACAAAAUGUCAAUAAUACCAAGAUUAAGAAAUCCUGCAUUAUAAUGUUUUGGUUUUAAUAUUUAAAAAAAUAGAUAUUUCCCAAUUUUUUUCUGAUUUUACAUUUAAAAGAUAUUUGUCAGUAUACAAAAGGUAUAAAUUCAAAUUAAGAAUUCUAUUCAAUGUCAGUUAAUUGAAGAGAAUAGACACUGAACUCUUUAUCAUACCCAUAUUUAUCUUCAUAGAUAUAUGUGGAGGAUAUCUAGUAGACAGUACGUUUAGAAGCUGAGAAUAUUGGUCUCAAUUUCAGCUGAGCAUUUAUGAUGAAACAUAUAUGCUUGGAAGUUAUUUACACACAGAUGUUAGUUAAAGCGAUUGCAAUAUAUAGAUGAAACAUAAGAGAAAGAGGUCCAAGGACAGAAUUCUGAAGGUGGCUGGGAGUGGGGGUAAGGAGAACAAUCAUUGGUAUUUAAGGACCUAAUUCCUCUACAUGACCAUCUCAAAAGAUGCAAAAAAAAAAAAAAACCCAUUGAACAAUCAAACAUUCAUACUUGAUAAAAAUUCUCAGCAAACUAGAAAUAGAAGGGAACUUCCUCACCCUAAUAAAGAGCAUCUAUGAAAAGCUCACAGCUAGCAUCAGACUUAAAGUGAAAGACUGAAAUGCUUUUCCUCUAACAUCAGAAACAAGGCAAGGAUGUAUACUCUCACCAUUUCUAUUCACUUGUACUGGAUGUUCUUGCCCAUGAGAAAGAAAAAGAGAGAGAGAGAGGGAGGGAGGAAGAGAGAGAGAGAAAGAAAGGAAGAAAGAGAAAGAAAGAAAGGGAAAGGAAGGAAGGAAGGAAAAGAAGAGAAAACCAUCUUAAUUUGUAGAUGACAAUCAUCUAUGUAGGACAUCCUAAUUAAUCUACCAAAAUGCUGCUAGUAGUAAUAAAUGAGUUUCUUAAGGUGGCAGGAUGUAAGAUCAACAUAUAAAAAUCAAUUGUAUUUGGUAUUUUCCUGUCUUUAUUUAUUGAGAUAGAGUUGAUUUACAAUAUUAUAUGUUUCAGGUAUACAACAUAGUGUUUCACAAUUUUUAAAGAUUAUACUCUAUAAUUACAAAAUAUUGGCUAUCUUCCCUGUACAAUACAAUAUAUCCUUGUGGCUUACAUAUUUUAUACAUAGUAAUUUAUACAUCUUAAUCCCCUCUCUCCACUGCUAACCAUUGGUUUGUUCUCUAUAUCUGUGAGAUUGUUUCUUUUUUGUUAUACCCACUAGUUUGUUUUAUUUUUAGACUCUCCAAUAAGUAAUAACAGUAUUUGUCUGUCUGACUUAUUUCACUAAGCAUAAUACUCUCCAGGUCCAUCUAUGUUGCAGCAUGUUGUUGAAUUAGUGUUUUCAUUUUCUUUGGAUAUAUACCCAGGGGUGGAAUUGCUGGAUCAGAUGGUAUUUCUAUUUUUAGUUUUUUGAGGAACUUCCAUACAAUUUUCCACAGUGGCUGCACCAAUUUGUAUUCCCACCAACAGUGUACAAGGGUUCCCUUUUCUCGACAUCCUCACCAACAUUUGUUAUCUGUGGUCUUUUUGAUGAUAGCCAUUCUGACAGGUGUGAAAAAAUGGUGUCUCGUGGUUUUGAUUUGCUAGUCUCUGAUGAUUAGCAAUGUUGAGCAUCUAUCCAUGUACCUCUGUAGCCAUUUGUACGUCUUUUUUGGAAAAAUGUCUAUUCAAGUCUUGUACCCAUUUUUCAAUUUUUUUUUCUAUAAAGUUGUAUGAGGUGUUUAUAUAUUUUGGGUAUUAAUCUUUUAUCAGUCAUAUCAUUUGCAAACAUUUUCCCCCUGUAGGCAUCUGAUUUCAGUAUUGUUUUGAAGCUACAGUUAUCAAGACAAUAUAGACAUAUGCAAAAGAAAAAUAGAUAUGGAUCAAUGGAAUUUGUUCAGAAAUAGACCCAUGCAUAUGUAAUCAAUUGAUUUCAACAAAAGUGCCAAGCCAAUUCAAUGGGGAAAUGGUAGUAUUUUUUACAAUAAAUGGUGCUGGAACAAAUUGAUAUCCAUACACAUACACACCAAAAAACCCCCAAAACAAAACAAUAAAGAGUCUAAAUGAAUGUCAACCCUUACCUUAAACUAAUAUACAAAGGAAUUCAAAAUGAAUUACAGACCUGAAUGUAAGAGGUAAAAGUAUAAAACUUCUUGAAGAAGACAUAGGAGAAAAUCUUAGCAACAUUGGUUUGUCAGUUGUUUCUUAAAUGGGAUACAAAAAGCAAGAACUAAAAAAGAAAAAAAAUCAAUAAAUGGACUUCAUCAAAAUUAAAAAAAAAAAAAACCUUUUACUUUUCCAAAGAUAAUGUUAUCAAAGUGAAAAGGCAAACUACAAAAUGGGGGAAGAUAUUCGAAAAACAUAUAUCCAAGAAAGGAAUUCUAUUUAGAAUACAUAAAAUCUCAUCUCAUAAUAACAUAAAAAAUAAAAAUAUGCCAAAGAUUUUAAAAAAUUUUUAUUGGAGUAUAGUUGAUAUGCCAAAGAUUUGAACAAUCGCUUUACCAAAGAAAAUAUAUAGGUGGCAUAUUAGCACGUGAAAAGAUGCUCAACCUCACUAGUCAUGAAAAUACAAAUUGAUGCCACACUCACACAAAUGGCUAAAAUUGAAAAAUCUCACCAUACCAACUGUUGGUGAGGAUGUGGAACAACUGGAACAUAAUAAUACUGGUAGGGUUGUAAAAUGGUACAACCACUGUAGAAGUCAACUUAGCAGAUUCUUGAAAAGUUAAACAUACAUCUACCAUACUACCUAGUCAUUCCAUCCUGAGGUAUUUAUGCCAGAGAAAUGAAUGUAUAUGACCACAUAUAUGCACUAAAGUACAUAGCAGCUUUAUUUGUAAUAGCCCCAAAACGGAAGCAACGGAAAUGUCCAUCAACAGAAAAACGGAUAAACCAAUUGUGGUCUAUCAUACAAUGUUAAUACAAGUCAGCAAUGAAAAGGAACUACUGACACAUGCAGCAACUUGGGUGGGUCUCAAAAUGAUGCUGACAGAAAGAAGACAAAAAAGAGUACACAUUGUGUGAUUCCUUUGAUAUAAAAUCCUAGGAAAUGCAAACUAGUCUGUAGUCAUGACAAACAUCUGGUUGCCUGACGAUGGAGAGAGAUCAGCAAGCAGAGGAAGGAUUAUAAAGGGGUCACAAGAGAACUUUUGGGGUGAUGAAAUGCACACAUUGUCCUGAUUGUGAUGAUGGUUUACGGAUGUAUACAUAUGCCAAGACUCAUCACAUUUUACACUUUAAAUAUUUGCAAUAAAUCUGUAUAAAAUAUAUCCCCCCCACCAAAAAAAAAGAAUAA